CAUUGGAUGAGUCAUUUAUCUGCACUUGUUUUCAAUUUUUCUUUUUCUUUUUUUUAAGGUUUAACAUUUAUUUUACAUCUAGCUUUCCACAUCUGUGUUCAAACAAGCAGUAAAAUUGCACAUAACUGUUAAGUAGUGCAAAAACAUAGCUCUAGAAAAAAGUCACAGAUGUACUAAAAACUGCAAGUACAGAGCCAUAAGAAAUGAAGUAAAAGAUAAUCAAAAUGACUAAGAAAAACAAGCAAAAACUUCAGAACUGAAUGCAUGCAUGUUUGAAAGAAGAAUGACUAAAAAACGCCUUAUUGUUAUAAACUAGUGGUACAGAUCUAGCACUUGUUGAAUGAACCUCCUCCCAGUGGCAAUGACUUUUAUUCAUUCAUUUUCAGUCUCUUGAAAUGUCUGUUGCAUUAAAAAUGCUCAAUUUAAAUGGCUGAACAAAUCCUUUGUAAUAAGGAUAAAAAUCCUACAUAAGUAAAGUCACUUUGACCCAGUCUCAUGACAACUCCCACACCAAAUAGUGCUUUAUUUCAGGUGUUUUCACAUGUAAAAAAUGUGAAUAGUAACCAUAUGGCUUCUAAGAUUUCAAUUCUUGCUCAGAAAGCACUCUCUUCUUACACAGCCCCAAGCUCGUGUAGAGGGUGUCUAGGGAGUGGGGCAGGUGGUUUCCUUUCAGUCCAAUUUCUACCAUGGACCAGUACUGCUCAGUGACAGAGGUUAGGAGAGCUCAAGAAAUUCUGCUGCUAAGAGCUACAUUGACCACUAGCCAAGGACGAACAAUCUUGGUCAGCAUAAUACAAGCCUACUUUAGGAGAAUGGAGGAGGAAAGUAGUUGGGGAAGUCCUCUGAUUAUUCCAUGCUUGGAGAAACAAUAUGCCUCUGCAAGAAGUGGAGGUAAUCAAGUCUAUAAAUCAAUCCCUACUUCUUGUUACUAUUCAUAUUAUUUCUUUGUCAUUGUGUACCGUAUAGCUCUAAAGUGAAAGGAAUGCACAUUAAAGCUGAAGAUAAAGAUAUGCGCCAGAUUGAUUUCCCCUUUAUUAAAUGGCUCUUUUAGCUCCUAGAGAGGUAGAGACCAUAUAUGGGAUUUCAUGGGUAUAGGGGACUCCCAGGUAAGGAAGCUCCCUCCACAACGCAGAUAGACACCUUUUCUAGAAUAGUUACAGCCUUAGAGUGUUGCCUAGAACACUGGAAAGAUAAAGAACUCACUGGGUGGGGGAAGGAAUGGUGCAACAACUGCCUCAAAGUUGUUAUGCAUUUUCUUUUGGAUCAGUGUUAAGUUAUCCCAUUUGCUGAACAACUUUAUGUAUUCUCUUACAGGAGAGAAAUUCUGGAUAAUACUUAAGAAUAUACACAUUAGCAGAAGUUAUUUUAUCUCUUUAAAUGUUUCUUUGUAACUUUUGUUUUUGUCACGGCCACUUCUGUAUACCUCUUUCCUCUCCCUAAAACUGAACAAAGUAGCUAAAGAAAAGUCACCUGCAGUAUUAGAGAGACUGCAUGUGUAGACCCUUGAGAGGAGAGAGGUAAGGCCAUUACUUUGAUCAUUUGCUUAUGGAACCUUACACUUUCUCACCUACUAAUUAAAAGUAAACCUCAGCUGUAAACCACAGCUUUCUGGUCUAGUGUUCAUUUCCUGGAGCAUUAAGCAACUGACAAACAGCCUCGUAUAUGUCAUAUAUUGAGGGUAUUUCUUUUCUUGUAUGAAACAGAUUCUUUUAGUUUAUUUAUGCUAGUUACAAUAACCAAUUCAUUCCUGUGACUAUAAUAGAACUACUGGUAUAGGCCAUUUAGGAGACCAUGGAGAAAGGAUGGACAUAUGGAAUGAUUUAUUCAGUCAUCCAGAUACAUCUUGUCUGGGGUCUCGUAAAAGCGACAUCUGAUGGAAAAAAUGUCAUCUAUGCUUCUCCUGGCACGGAUGUGAAAUUGAUGUGUGAGGUUCAGAAGACAUCCUCUUUGGUGCAGACGCAAUGGUCUAAGCUCACCAACAGCACAGAAAUGAUAGCUCUCUACCACCCUCAGCAUGGCUAUCAUUGUAAUGCUAGGACUGCCUGCACAUCCUUAGUAACAUUCACCAAAAUAUCUCCAAAUGUUUCAGAAUGGAUUUUGCACUUGAGAAACGUAUCUGCGGCAGCGAAUGGGAAAUAUGAAUGUAGUUUUACUUUGUUUCCAGAUGGCAUUUGGACAAAGGUCCUGAACUUACUUAUACAGACUGAAGUUGCACAAGAGGAGAGGGGAGGCAACUAUACAGCAGAAGUAUUAUUCAACCACACCCUGGAAAUCCCGUGCUUUCGAAAUAUAUCCUCAGUAGCUUCAUCUGGAAUUACUUUUGCCUGGCUGAUGGAAGAAAAUGGAAUGCAAGAAACUCGUAUUAUCCAAAACAACACUUUUCCAGACAAUAGAAUCAUCCUACGUAAAGACCAUGCACUCUAUCUGUCACCAAUUGAAAUUCUUGACAAUAACAGAAAGUUUUCCUGCCAUGUUACAAUCCAUUCUGGCAAAAUCCUGAAGAAUGUCACCAGAAUUACAGUUUUUGCUAAACCAGAAAUCUCUAUGGAUAUGCAGAACAGCUCCACUGAUAUCUUGGAAGAGAAAAAUUUUAGCUGUUUGGUGAGGAAUGUAUUCCCCACAGCAAACCUCUCAUGGUAUAUAGAUGGAGAGCUUCUUCAGGACCAAAAAGAAGGCAUAGACAUGACCACUGAAAAGAGAAACAGGGAUGAAGGCUUUUAUGAACUGACAUCUAUGUUGAGGGUGCUGAAGCCUAACCAGUCAAUUGUACCCAAUAAUUUGACAGUUUGGUGCAUGACUCUAUUUCCGGUCCCUGGAAAUGAAGUGUGGAACAUUUCAUCCAGAAAAAUAACUUUUUCCUUUGGCUAUGUGAAUACUCCAACAGAUUCAUCCAAUUUCACAGAAUCUACCUUCUCUGCCUUUACAUCUUCCCUCAGUAGCACAGGCACAGCAGCAGGUUACACGAAUACUUCAACACAUCCAUCCAAUAUCACAGCAUCUGAUGUCUCUGUCGCUACACCUUCUCUCAGCAGCACAGACACAACAGGUAAGGAAGCUUCUUGUUACACAAAUACUUCAACACAUCCAUCCAAUAUCACAGCAUCUGAUGUCUCUGUCGCUACACCUUCUCUCAGCAGCACAGACACAACAGGAAGCUGCAGCGCCGAGGGGAAUUCUCUACUGAGUAGCAGUGGGAAUGAUUUGCGGGCAGGGGGAGCAGAUGUAGCAACAGCCUAG